AUGGAUCUUUCAAGUCCUGAUAAUCUUCUAAAAAUGUCCAAAAAGGGUAAAAGUAUUAUGAUGUUUGUGGAUGUCAAUCCACAACUUUCAGAAAAUGAAGCUGACAGUAUUCUACGCAUUUGGCAGAGUAGCCUACAAAAUAAUCACAUUAUUGCUGAAAGGUAUCCCAUAGACCAAAAGAGAGCAAUAUUUAUGUUUAGGGAUGGAGCACAAGCUGUGGAUGCCAAAAAUUACCUCAUUGAACAACCCGAAUGUUCCCAUGUAACAUUAGAAGGUCAAAACUAUGUUGGAAAACACGCCUCUAAGGAAGUUAAAGAUAAACUAGAAAAAAUGAAACCUAAGGGCACAGUAGAGAAAACAGAGUUAUAAAAUUUCUGAUAAAAGAAACUCUUAUGUGCUAAAUAUUCUUGUGUUCAAGACUAUAAAUGGCGUACAGAUCGUUUUUCCAGUGAUAUGAGAACAAAACAUAGUUUAUUAUUGCAUUAUACAUAUAUUUGUUACUUUUAUUAAUAAAAAUCAAUUUUUUAUGAAUAUUUUGAUUUUUUUAAAAUAUAUAACACUAUUUGAAUUUGGUGGUUUUUCAAAUUAUUCAUAACAAUGCAUAAUUGCUUUACAACUCCAAACUUAGCUGUAACUCAAUAAAGGUCAGGCUCUAUUUGAUAAUGACAAAGUGCUUUAACCUCUGAUACAAAGUUUGUAUAAAUUCAACCAAAGAUAAGUUAAGAUAAAUGAAUUGCACAUUUUUUUGAAGCCAUCAUUAUCUGACACUCGUACGAUAUAUCAAAUACAUAUAAGCAUGUGCUGUAACAGAUUUGCAUUAUGUUUUGAAUAAUGCUACACACAUCUUGAAAGACUAUUCUUAAUAACUAGUGUUUAAAAAUCGUUGCAUAAAAUUAAUAAAUUUUAUUCCCUUCAAUUACUGAUUUUGUAAAAGAUAACUGAUAUAAUUUUUUACAAUUAAUAAGCUGAAAAACGGAAGAAAUGACUGAAACAAUAGUGAAAAUUAAUGGUGUACCAACAGAAAUCAUUGUCUAUAAUCAUGAGGUUGAUGAAGGAGUUUGCGUCAAUAGUGGAAGAAAAGAUGUUGUGAUAAUUAUAACAGGAAAUCAUGGUGUUCCAGGAUUUUAUAAAGAAUUUGCUGCAGUUAUUCAAUCAAAGUUGCCAAAAGAAGUACCAAUAUGGAUAAUAGGUCACGCAGGACAUACCAAACCACCAGAUGAUCUAAUUCACGAUUUUCCAGAUUUUGAAAAAGAGAAGCAUUUAUAUGAUAUGAGUGGCAACGUACAGCACAAGAUAGAUUUUAUCAAAAAAUUUGUACCACCGGAUGCAAAAAUUCACAUAAUUAGUCAUUCUAUUGGAAGCUGGAUAAAUUUAAAAUUGUUAAAAGAAAGUAGCAGCAUUGCCAACAAAGUCGUCAAAAGUUAUUUACUUUUCCCUGUAAUUGAAAGGGUGGCAGAAACACCUAAUGCGCGUUUUUUUACGAGAACAAUUUACAGAUUAAGUGCCUUCAUCAUUUUUUUAUCUAGCUUUUUCGCUCUCUUGCCUUCUCUAAUACAGAUCUCUAUAAUUCGAUUAGUUAGCUUAGUUUAUUAUAUACCAUCAAGUUUGAAUAAUUCCAUAAUGAAGAUGUACCAUCCAGAAUCUCUGAAAAGACUUGAUUUAAUAAUAGCUCAAUCACUGAAGUACGUAAGGGAACGCGAUGAUGCUGUCAUAGCCCAACAUAAGGACAAACUUUUCUUGUAUUAUGGUGUCAACGAUGGUUGGUGUCCUUUAGAUUACUAUGAAGAUCUCAAAGCCAAGCAUCCAAAUAUAGAUGCUUGUUUGUGUGACCAGGGUUUUGAUCACACUUUUGUGUUGAAAGAUGCCAUUGGAGUUGGAAAUAUGGUUGGAGAUCUUAUCAACAAGUCAAUUUCAUCAAGAAAAAACUGAUUUUUGUAAUUUAUAAUGUUAUUUAUUUAUGCAUCAUUUUGACUGUAUGAGGCAAAUGUAAAUGUAUAUUAUAAUAGGUGUAAUAAGAAACAAAAUAAUGUUAAUUUAUCAAUAAUCAUAUUUUUAAUGAAAC